AUGGAGGAGGAAGGAUCAAUUAACUUCAAAGCUCUUAGGGCUAAAUUUCAGGAGGAGGGUCUCCUGCCUUAUUCAAAGAGCAGUCGACCAGCUGUUGCUGAAAAACCCAAACUCCUUCAAGGACACAGCAGCUCUGCGGUCAGUUGUAUCGGCACAGCUGUGGCAGACGGCACCCCUGAAAUUUCCCGUGUCUUCUUCAGAGAUGGGCUUCGGUCACCUGGAGGCAAGCGCCCGAUUUCCUUUCCCCCUAACCCUAAGCAGACCUCUCCCUCAUCUCAGCUUGCAAGUGGAGAUGGCUCAGCAAAGCAUCCCCUCAAAGACUGGUACAUGCCUUUGGUGCUCCCUGUGCCCCCUGUGAAAGACCAUAAGGUUGAUGCACCAACUGGAAAGGAGCAAAAACUGGAGGCAGAAACCAGAAAAGAAGCCUUCUCACACACUAAGAUAAAAAAGAAGGGGUUGUUGCUUCCUUUCAAAUCAAUCAGAGCAUCAAAAAUCUUUGCUGAUAAUGGCGAGGAGCUCACAAGUGGCGAUUUACCCAGCAGACCUUGUAACGCUCCCAGUGAUUUCUCUUCAAUGGACAAACAAGGCUCAGAGGAACGACCUUCCCUUCAGAGUGACCAGUCAACCACUGAGUACGUCGUCUCCAGUCCUGAAUUCAUAGUCUCCCCUCCUUCACCAGACACGCGUCCAGACUCUGACAACAGGAUCCUGAGCACUUUGGAGAAGGCCAAGAAGAAACUCUCACGUCGACAGAUUGCAAUUCUGCCUAAACCCAAAGGUUUGCGUUCACUUGACUACAGCUGCACAGAGAAGACCUUCCCUAAGUCUCCAAAGAAUCUUGACCGUCUUGGUUCAGAUGUACUCGUACCUCCAUCCUUAAGCCUUCCACACUUGGCCUGUCUUUCUGCUCGGCCUUUCUGCAAAGCCAACAGCUCUGCACGCAGGCCAUCUUUCGAUAAGCACCUUAUGUUGGACAAAGCCAGCCAAGUACCAGUGAGGACGAGUGAACCUUAUUUACCUCAGAGUCCCUUAAAGAAGCUGCUACCUGAGUUGUGGACUCUUGGGCCAGUUCCAGUAAAGCCUCCUAGACCUUCAACAGUUGAUCUUAGCUCUUAUCAUGCAGUCCUAGCUAAGGGUAAAGAAACAUUACCAGGUUGGUGCCAAACACCCAAAAAGGAGGCAGUGUCUGUCCUUGAUGCUCCAGAUGUACCAGACUUUGAGACUUCAGAGUUGGAAGCAGCAGAGGCUGAACCUGUUGACAUUGCUGCAUUAGAAAUGCAAGCUUCAGACAUAGUUGUUGGCAAUCCUGUAACACCAAACGUAUUGGAGGCCACCGAUUAUGGGGGUUCGGAUUCUGCCUUGGCAGUUUGUGAACCAAGAGAGUCAAAUAGCAUCCAUAUAGUCCAAGAUCUAAAUCUUGGCACCUCACACAUAAUACCCCUAGAUCCAGCAAGCUUUCCCGAACCAAUAAACCUGUUGGAGUUCCCAGAGCUGCCAGAGCGGCGGUCCUACAGCGAAGACGCAGCGGUAGAUUCUUUUCUCAAUUCUCGCACCGAUGAGAUCGAUGUAGGGGCUACUGAGCAACUGACUGUCCCAGAGGAAACUGAGUUUUUGGACCAGCCAACACCAAACCACAAGACUCAAACGCAACCAAGAGAACAACAUCAGAGCUGCUACUACGAAACCUGCGAUAAUAUUUAUGAAGAUGUUGAGAUCAACAAACAACUGUCAAACCCGACGUUAACCAAGCAAAAAAGCAGAUUACGAAAUCCAUAUGCAGACAGCCAGUUAAGGAAGGGGGAAGCGUGUCUUCACAAACGACCACGGCAUCCAUGGCAGUGCACAAGCCCCUACACUGCUGAGCACAAAGAACAGAAGAAGAGGGAGAAGCAGCGACUUGAAAAGGAGAGAAAAGAGCAAAAAGAAAGGGAGAAGAAGGAAAACGAAAUGAAAAAAAAGUUCAAAGUGACCGGGGAGGAAGAGCCAAUGUACCACGCUAAGGUCAUGGUGGCCAGCAAGGUCCGCAAGAACGACCUGCCUGUGAGGAAUGGCGACACGGUCAGCAUCAUCCGAACUACCAACUGCCCCAAAGGCAAAUGGCUGGCCAGGGACGCCAACCUCAAGUACGGUUAUAUCUCUGUGAUGAAUGUCGAGUUAAACAUCAAGGACAUGCUGGAACUCGGCAAGAAGGCUCAGGCAGCUGGACGGGGAGCCUACGUCGAGCCGGACACCAUCAGCAUUGGGAGCCGGUACUUGAAAAAGACAACAAGCAUGCUGGCCUUAAUCACAGCAGUUUGUUUUUCCACAGUCACAGAUGACAGCGAGGAGUGGGCCUGUGAGGACGAAACUCUUUCACAAUCCUAUGAAAGCCACUUUGCUCAGCAGACUGUUUCGGAGCCAGAAAUGUCUUGCGUUCAUGUGGAUGCUCAGCUUACAGUCAGUGACAGCAACCCGGAAGACCAACACACACAAACCAGACACGAGGCUCUGCAGAAACUAGCCCUCUUGGUCCAACACGGCAGAGACGGCGACGGAGGAGCGACUCCUACCAAUGCUGACGCGUCGAGUUUCUUGUGUGCGGUCGAGGAGCCUCCCUAUCCCGAAAAGGAGAUUGACUUCACAGAGAUGGAGCUGCUUCCUCCUCCUCCCCUAUAUGCCGAUGCCCUCUGAUCAAGAUGGAGGCUGAAGUGUGAACCAAUCGGGAAAAACAAUUUGAUUUAUCUUUACCAGAACUAUAAUUUCACAAUGGUUUGAACACUUUUAUUUUUCCUUAAAUGCACUCUAAAAAGGUUGAUGCUGACGCACACAGUUGGUGAUUGCACUGGAUUUGGGCAGAAAUAAACAGUUGUUUGCGGUUGCUUGACAUUCCGACGAUGGUUAUGAGAUUGUUCUUUUUUAAAG